UUGUGAGCAGUUUAUCGUCGCCUAUUGCACAAAACGUCGGAGGAGGCGAGUCGCAUCGGCUCGAGCACGUGUACGAGUUCGGUAGCAGUCGUGAAAAGUGAGUGAUAGUCGGACGAGGCAGAAAAAGGGCAGAGAAAAGGGCUAGAAUGGCACCACCGGGAGUCGGCAGUUCGACGCAGAAGAGACCCAGCGUCGCCAGCACCGCCGACAACGACAUCGUCGUUCUGGACGGGGGCUUCGCCACCCAGCUGAGCUGUCACGUCAGCCAGCAGAUCGAUGGAGACGUCUUGUGGAGCGCCAGGUUCCUGGCGACGGACAAGGAGGCCGUCAUUGACGCCCACCUCGACUUUCUGAGAGCCGGGGCCGACCUAGUCAUGACCAAUUCCUAUCAGGCGAGUAUAGGGGGGUUCGUUGAGCACCUCCACCUUACCAAAGAAGAGAGCUACGAUUUGAUUAAGGAGUCGGUGGCGUUGGCGAGGACGGCGUGUGAACGCUACCAGAAAGAAUUUCCAAAUUCGCCUGCCCCCAUGAUCGUGGGCAGCGUAGGCCCCUACGGUGCCUCCUUGCACGACGGAUCCGAAUACUCGGGCUCGUACGCAAAAUCCACGCCAGUGGACACCAUGAGACAGUGGCACAUACCGCGAAUAAAGGCCCUCGUGGAAGCAGGCGUCGACCUUCUAGCCCUUGAAACAAUUCCUUGUAGAAUAGAAGCGGAAAUGUUGGUAGACCUGCUCAAGAAGGAAUUCCCGAAUACCAAAGCAUGGCUAGCAUUUAGCGUAGCGCAAGACGGAAAGUCGCUGGCUUACGGCGAAAAUUUCCAAGAAACCGCACGCCACUGCUACGAGAUGAACCCGUCGCAGUUGGUAGCAGUGGGCGUGAACUGCGUGGCGCCCCGGCUCGUCGAAUCGUUCAUUUCUGGGAUUAACAAAGACAGGAGAAACCCCAUUCCGCUGGUGGUGUAUCCGAACAGCGGGGAAAGCUAUAAGGUGGAACUGGGAUGGAUCGACCGCGACAAGUGCGAGCCCGUGGACACCUACGUCCAGAGGUGGCUCGACCUGGGGGUCACCUGGGUGGGGGGCUGCUGCAGAACCUACGCCACUGACGUCUCACGAAUACGCCACGAAGUGGAAAAGUGGAAACGGACUAAAUCUGACAAAACCUGCCAGAACGGACAGUGCGUUCAGAAAUAAGUGUGCCAUUUACAAAAGCUAUAUUUUUAAUAAAUUUACAAAACUA